GAAAAUCCACGAACAAUCCAUCUGCCCCAGUUCAGUCCCCGACCCUUCCAUUCGUCUCAUUGCUCCUGCAAAGCCCUAAUCCACCUCUCAGCCUUCCGCCGAGGCUAUAGAAUGGCAGGCGGGCGCACCAUCAACGUCCUGAACGUGGCGGAGAAGCCGUCGGUGGCCAAGUCGGUGGCCAGCAUUCUCUCCAGGAAUCAGGGCCUGAGAACCCGGGACGGCCGCUCGCGCUACAACAGGAUUUUCGAGUUCAAUUACUCGAUUAACGGACAGCCCUGCCACAUGCUCGUCACCUCUGUCACUGGCCACCUCAUGGAGCUCGAGUUCGAAGACCGCUUCCGCAAGUGGCACUCCUGCGACCCCGCCGAUCUCUACCACCUUCCCGUCCGUAAAUUCGUCCCCGAGGACAAGUUGGAUAUCAAGAGGACGUUGGAAGAGGAAGCUAGGAGGUGCCAGUGGCUUGUACUGUGGCUAGAUUGUGACAGAGAAGGAGAAAACAUUGCAUUUGAAGUGGUAGAGGUUUGCACAGCAGUAAAUGCUCAUCUUACCAUUAGGAGGGCUCACUUCUCUGCCUUAAUUGACAGUGAAAUCCAUGAAGCAGUGCAACAUCUUGUUGAGCCGAAUAAAUGGUUUUCUGAUGCAGUGGAUGCUAGGCAAGAAAUAGAUCUUCGGAUUGGUGCUUCUUUCACAAGGUUUCAGACUAUGCUAUUGAGAGAUGCAUUUGUUAUUGAUUUGGCUACAGAUGACAGAAAUCUUGUUCUAAGUUAUGGUCCUUGUCAGUUCCCCACACUUGGCUUUAUUGUGGAAAGAUAUUGGGAAAUACAAGCACAUGAGCCGGAAGAGUUUUGGACAAUCAACUGCUCACACAAAUCGGAUGAAGGCAUUGCUACUUUCAGUUGGAUGCGUGGGCAUCUGUUUGACUACACUUGUGCCAUUAUAAUUUAUGAGAUGUGUGUUCAGGAGCCAAUUGCAACUGUUUCAAAGGUUAGACAACAGGAGAAGCUGAAGUAUCCUCCACAUCCUUUGAAUACCAUUGAGCUUGAAAAACGUGCUUCAAGAUACUUCCGGAUGAGUUCUGAACACACUAUGAAGGUUGCUGAAGAUUUAUACCAAGCUGGUUUCAUUAGUUAUCCUCGUACAGAGACUGACUGCUUUUCACAGAGAACUGAUUUGCAUGCAAUUGUGCAAGAACAACAAAGGCACCCUGUAUGGGGAUCAUAUGCACAGCGGUUGUUGGACACUGGGGCAGGACUUUGGAGAAACCCUAGUAAUGGUGGACGUGAUGACAAGGCCCAUCCACCCAUUCAUCCAACAAAACUUUUUUCUGGAGAAACUCGAUUGAGUCAAGACCACCAUAGAUUGUAUGAGCUGGUUGUUCGCCAUUUCCUGGCAUGUGUCUCCCAGCCGGCAGUUGGGGCGGAAACUAAUGUUGAAAUUGAUAUUGCUGGUGAAUUGUUUUCUGCAUCAGGGAGAGUGAUACUAGCCAAAAACUACUUAGAUGUUUAUCGCUUUGAGUCUUGGGGAAGUUCAACGAUCCCACCAUAUGUCUUUGGACAACAGUUUAUGCCAACAUCGUUGACUCUAGAUUCAGGAGUUACUAGACCACCACCACUUCUGAGUGAAGCUGAUUUGCUAAGUUGUAUGGACAAGGAGGGCAUUGGUACAGAUGCAACGAUGCAUGAUCACAUAAAAAAACUGCUUGAUCGGUUUUAUGCAACGAAGGACUCAAACACUCGCUUCUCGCCAACUAAUCUAGGUGAGGCACUGGUUAUGGGAUAUGAUGACAUGGGGUAUAAGCUUUGGAAACCUUAUCUUAGAGCAGUUAUGGAGCGUGACAUGAAAGCAGUUAGCGAAGGCACCAAAAGAAAAGCUGAAGUUUUGGCAACUAGCUUGCAGCAGAUGAAAGCUUGCUUCUUAGAUGCUAGGUUGAACAAAGCAAAACUUUUUGGAGCCAUGGCAGUUUUCUUUGAGAGGUCCAAUCAAUCUGGUGGAGACGAGCAGCAUGCACAUGGAGGUGUUGUUAGGCGAUGCGGACAUUGCCAGGAAUCAGAUAUGGUGCUUCGGCAAAACCGGGAUGGAAAUUUCAUGGUCGGAUGCUUGGGUUAUCCACAGUGCAGGAAUGCUAUCUGGCUCCCUGGAUCUAUAUCAGAGGCGGUGGUAACCACUAAUAUUUGCAACACUUGCACUCCAGGUCCUGUUUACUUGAUCCAAUUCAAGUUCCGCCAACUGGAAAUACCACCAAACUACAAUGCCAACCAUUUAGGUUGCAUUGGUGGCUGUGAUGAGAUUCUUAGACAGCUGAUAGAAAUCUGUGGAACUGGUUCUCGUAUACCAGCAAGAGGACGAGGAUCCACUGCAUCAUCCAUCAAUGUGCAACAAAGUAACUCUAGGCUGGGUGAGGCUAGGCACAGUACUUGCAUAUACUGCCAGCAAACAGGGCAUUCUUCAAGUGAUUGUCCAUCGCAGGUUUCAGGUUCUCGUAGUGGUCGGUAUCGUGGAAUGAACCCACAAAGUGGAGAAUCUUCAGUUCCAUGUAGCACAUGUGGAACACCAUGCAUCUUGCGAACAGCUAAUACAGAAAACAAUAGUGGAAGAAAGUUCUACUCAUGUCAGUCACAAAAUUGCAACUUCUUUGUAUGGGAGGAUAACCUAAACAAUGGCACUGGAGGAAGGAGUGUUAAAAGUGCAAGAAUGAAUGUCUCAGCAUCUAAUACCAGCAGGAGUCGUGUCCGUGGCAGAGGUGGCCGGGGUGGGGCACAUGCUGCUACCGGAACAUUUGUGUCAGCAACUGGUGAUCCUGUUUCUGGCAGAAGAUGUUUUGUUUGUGGUGAUCCAUCACAUUUUGCAAAUGUUUGCCCAAAUCGUGGUUCUUGAUGCUUUUAAUGUACAUUUUUACAUAUUUGUGUGCAUGUUUUGACUUUUUUUUUUAAAAAAAAUAUGGAUAAAAGAAUCGGAUUUGGUACACGUACUUUUGUGGUUCAAUCGGUUGUAAUUUAUGCAUGUUAGAAAUUUUGAUUAUCAAGUUAUGUUCAAUUAAAAGUAUCA